GGCCUCCUGGGAAGGCUACUUCUGGGCAGAGUGCAGUGGGCCCAAGUCUUGAGUGGAGUAGGCUUAAGAUGGCGGUGCGGAUGAUGCAGGGAGUGCAGGCGGUUUACCUUGAAUCGGACGCUUUCCUGGUUUGUCUCAAUCACGCUCUGAGCACAGAGAAGGAGGAAGUGAUGGGUCUGUGUAUAGGGCAGUUGAAUGAUCACGGGAGGAGUGACUCCAGGCUUGCAUACGCUGGAGCUGAGAUGUGCACAGUUGCGAAAAAGAUGGAGGCCACCAGAAUUGUUCACAUUCAUUCUGUUAUUAUCUUGCGACGUUCUGACAAGACAAAGGACCGGGUAGAAAUAUCUCCGGAGCAACUGUCUGCAGCCUCGAUAGAGGCAGAACGGUUAGCAGAGCAAACAGGUCGUCCCAUGAGAGUUGUGGGCUGGUACCAUUCCCACCCUCAUAUAACCGUUUGGCCUUCUCAUGUCGACGUGCGUACACAGGCCAUGUACCAGAUGAUGGAUCAGAGCUUUGUAGGACUGAUCUUUGCUUGUUUCAUAGAAGACAAACCCACAAAGAUAGGCCGUGUACUCUAUACUUGCUUCCAGUCUGUACAAGCAUCGAAGAGUUCAGAAUAUGAGAGACUUGAAAUCCCAAUCCAUAUUGUACCUCGUACCACCAUCGGGACAGUAUGCCUCAGGUCAGCCAUAGAGCUGCCGGGGAUCCUAUGUCAGGAAGAACAAGAGGCAUAUAGGAGGAUUCACGGCCUUACACAUCUGGACUCAGUAACUAAGAUCCAUAAUGGCUCUGUAUUCACCAAGCAUCUGUGCAGUCAGAUGUCCGCGGUCUGUGGGCCUCUCCUACAGUGGUUGGAGGACAGACUAGAGCAAAACCAGCAGCGUUUGCAGGAGUUGGAACAAGAAAAGGAAGACCUUAUGGAAGAGCUGUCUUCCCUAGAAUAAAGCAGGAAAACAAAAAUGGGCCGAUGUAAAUACUUAGCAUACGAUUUAUAAACUAAUUCAUUUCGACCUAUUCUGACAAAGUACAAAGGUGAUCCAAGGACGAAAGGGCACGGACUUGGGCUAACUGAACCUUUACAAGCCAACAAAAUAAAUUCUAACAGUACCUCAAAAUG